AUGCCAACACUCAAGACCCACCUCGCCUCGCUGCAGAAGUCUGCCGCCAAACAUCCAUCAGCUGCUGCACUCAAAAUCCCUCAUUGGGCAGAAGACGGUGUGUUUUGUGGUUGGAAAACAAUCACAUUCUCUCAAUUCUUAAACGACGUCGAAAAUACGGCUAGGUACUGGGCGAAUGAACUUUUGCAGAGGGGCAUAAAUGAAAGAGGCAUUGUUGGCAUCUGGGUCAAAGGCGUAUCUUAUUUGGACGCUGUGCAAAUUUGGGGUAUUGCCAGAGCGGGAUACAUCCCACAGCUGAUUUCCCUACGGUUGACCCAUCUUGACGUGGUUUAUGAUGUACUCAAAUUAGCGGGGGCAAAAGCGGUAGUUUUCGACCCUACAUUCCUUCAAACACUUGAGGUGGAUAUGGUUGCACUUCCCGUCGUUGACACUCGCUCGAUGAGCCUCGAGAACUUGCCCCUACCCCAGCCAUGGGUUCCGUCUGAACAAAGUGAUAUUGUGAUGAUAUAUCAUUCUUCUGGUACAGCCUCAGGGAGGCCAAAAAUAGUGCCUCUAACUGCAAGAUGGGUAGACCACGCCAUUGAAAGUGUGGAGCCCAUCUUUAGGGGGCUUGAGGGGCAACAAGUAGUGGCCAGCCAUGGAAGUUUCUGUCACAUCGCUGCGGCGAUGUCUCUUAUGGGAUGCCACGACCUCGGGCAUUGCGUGAUUUUAUCCAAAGAUAUUCCUCCCUCUCCGGCUGAACUUAAGUCUAUGGUCAACGAAUACGGAUUGACGGUUCUGUUUCUUUUUUCCUCUUUCCUGUCAAAAAGUUUACGGGAGGCUCGCUCAGAUCCAGAACUGCUACGUUCACUACAAAGCAUACCAUCGGUGCUUCACGGCGGUUUGGCUUUAAAUCCGGACGAUGCCACUUGGGCACGCGCAAAUGAUCUAUAUUUGAAAGAUGUUUUUGCAAGUACCGAAGUCGGUCUUAUGAUGUUUGGUGUUGGAGGAAGUGGAUCUGAUGCUGAGUACCUCCAGCCACCUCCUGGCGUAACAUACCGAUUUAUUCCAGCCUCAGGUUCUUCAACUGAAGAUCCGGGAUCUGGAAAUACCGGUCCUGGAGAACAACUACUGGAGCUAGUAGUUCCCUCAGAAUCCAGAAACUGCCCGCAUGAGUCACUCCGGAAUAAGGAGACGGGCGACUUCCACACAGGAGACUUGUUUGUAGAGCCCAUACCCGGUCACUUCCUAUCCAGGGGUCGAAAUGACGAUUGGAUUAAGAUGGAGAUUUCUCUCCGCUGUGACACAAAAUCCAUCGAAGGCAAUGUUAUGGAGCUUUGCGGCAAGGAUCUUGUUAGCACGGCUGUUUGUCUGGGAACUGGACGUCCCUCACCCGCGCUCCUAGUUGAGCCUCUUCACGAAAAAGAUGGGGACGAUUACUCGUCUUUGAAAGAUGAGAUUGUACGCCGGAUAAGGCCUUUUCAUGAACGAAUGUAUACCCACGAACGGAUUGAAGAUCCAAGAUUUAUCAUUGCCUGUCCCAAAGGAUCUUUACCUCGGACGUCGAAGGGAGGAGUUCCAAGAACAGUCGUGGAGAAAAUUUAUGAGAAGGCUCUCGAUGAAAUUUAUGCUCGGAAGUAA